UACGCGCCGACCCGUCGCGUCGGCAUUUUCCACUUGAACGUCCACAAAGAAAGAACGACCAAAAUCGUUUUGAAACGUCUUCAGAAAUCAUGCAUUAUCGAUCCUGUUAUCUUGGUGGAAUGUAAAAAUGGCGUUUUCUCAGCCAGAAUUAGUAAGGAUUUCGGAGAAAAUUCCAGGAAAAUGGCAGAGAGUUGGUUUAAUCACUGGAAAAUUUCAAGAUUCAGACAUUCAGAACAUCGAGCUUACAGCCAACAAACCUUCACCCAAAAUGAAAGCACUUGAUAUGCUGAAUUGUUACCAGCAGAGACAAGGUACAAGGAAAGAGCUGGCUUCAGCUUUAGAGGAAUUGAAAGAAAAGGAUUUGGCAAGAAAAGUUCGAUCGAAAUACUAUCAAAAGCACGAUGUUGAUGGGAAUAUUCUUGAGGAGAACUCUGAAAUCCAGCAAUCUGACACCACUUCGAAAGAAAGUUCUCAGUUACCUGAGAGUCCUACUUCUGUUACCAGAGAAAGGGUAUCGUCAAUGCACAAAUUGCUGACGAAGUCAGUUAAGGAAUUAAUAAAUGAAUUUGAGUUAAAAAGUAAAACACCUUUGAAUAGUGACAAUUCUUCUUACACAACUCUGGGAGAGACAAGACAGAAAAAGAAAAUGCACUUUCCAACUCUCCAGUUUUUCAAGCGCGGUCGCAAGAGUGUCAAGAAACCCGAGUCUCGCAGAAAGUUUAACCAAAGGAAUGAAGCUACUGCUUCGAGUGAAGCCAUGGAGAAAACCACGUGUUUCUCAAUGCUUCGAAAAAAAACCCCUAAAAAUGACGGCUAGGACGCAUAUUAGCCAUAUUGUAUAUUGUAAUUGUAUGUUUUCCAG